AGAAGAGAAAGCGAUGUCACGGCCUUCUUUCGAGUCAUUAUUUGAGACAAAGAGAAGUUAUAAAAGGAGCCCUUUUAUUGGGACGGCCAUUAAUUCUAGUUCAGCGAACUUGUAGACUCGUAAGUACGGAGAGGAGAGUUGGAGAGGAGAGAGGGAGAUGAGAGAAAAUCUUGGCUUUUGAAAAGGGUUUGAGAAAAAAAAAAAAAACCAGAGUGCCUUUCUUCUUCUUUGCUUACAAAACAUCAAACUCAAUUAAUACACUCACAAAGCUGAUUCACGAGAUUGUCAGUUCCAAUCUUUUAUAUUUUUCGUACACGUUGCUCUAUAAAGUUGGAAACUCUUCAUAUUCUUAAGAAGAAGAAAAAAAGGAGAGAUUUUCUAGUGCUAUUUCUGUUGUGAGGUUUACCAAGUCAGCCAUUGGAGAAAAGGCUUUGUUUUUGAAUUUAAGAAGCUAUAUUUAACUCCAAAUUCUAGAGAGAACUACAGAAAACUAUAUCUGCUAUGGGGAAAGCUACUAGAUGGCUUAAAGGGUUAUUGGGGAUGAAGAAAGACAAGGAGAAUAACGUUGAGACUCCAACCACGGCGGCUGCGGCUGCGGCUGUGGUGAGUGACCGGAAAGAGAAGAAGAGGUGGAGCUUUGGUGCUAAGUCAGAAAGAAGAACAAGCGCAGUUGGGAAUGUUCAGCCAAAUCUCUCGCCGAACUUGUCACCUUCGGACGCUGCCUGGCUCAGAUCGUAUAUUGCCGAGUCCGAAAAGGAACAGAACAAGCACGCAAUUGCCGUGGCUGCAGCCACCGCCGCAGCCGCUGACGCUGCCGUGGCUGCAGCCCAGGCGGCGGUGGCUGUCGUGAGGUUGACGAGCCAGAGCGGUGCGAAUCAAAAUGGGAAGAGAGAGAAGUUGGCCGCGGUGAAGAUUCAAACCGUUUUCAGGGGAUAUUUGGCUCGGAAGGCUCUGCGAGCUCUGAAGGGACUAGUUAAGAUACAAGCUCUUGUUAGAGGGUUUCUGGUCCGAAAACGAACUGCUGCAACUCUUCACAGUAUGCAAGCUCUAAUAAGAGCGCAGACUGCGGUCAGAACUCAACGAGCUCGUCGUUCAUUCAACAAGGAGAACAGAUUGUUUCCCGAAUUCCAUUCCAGAAAGUCCAUUGAAAGGUUCGAUGAAUCAAGAUGUGAAUUCCAUAGCAAGAGGCUUUCGGCAACAUAUGAAGCCUCGAUCAAUGGAUUCGAGGAAAGCCCGAAAAUCGUUGAGAUCGACACAUUCAAGCCGAAGUCAAGAUCAUCUCGUAGAUUUAGCGCAGCAUUAUCAGAAUGUGGAUGCGGCGAAGACCUGCCAUACCAAACAAUAUCAUCGCCUCUGCUUUGUCCUGUUCAGGCUCGAAUCUCUGUUCCCGAAAGCCAACACCUUCAAGAUUUUGAGUGGUACUUUAAUGGUCACGAGUGCCGAUUCUCAACCGCUCAUAGCACUCCUCGGUUAGCUAAUCCCUCUUGGUCUAACGCUCCGGCCACCCCGGCGAAGAGCCUUUGCGGGGACAGCUACUUCCGGCCCUAUUCGAACUUUCCCAACUACAUGACCAACACAAAGUCGUUCAAUGCCAAAUUGAGGUCUCACAGUGCCCCAAAGCAAAGGCCAGAAGCAACCACUCCUAAGAAAAGGCUUUCACUUAGUGAAAUACUGGCUGCGAGGAACAGCAUUAGCAGUGUUAGGAUGCACCGAUCUAACAUUGCUCAACAAGUUCAAGAUGAAGAAUCCUACUGUUGACAAAAGUUGCACAAGGAUGAUCCUCUGCUUUCGCUUUAGAGAAGAUAAAUAAAGAAAACUUCUCUAGCUUAGGCUUUGUUUGCACUUUAGGAUCAACAAUUAAUAGGGUAGAACACAGUGCUUUUGUGUAAAUUACAGGCUUUUUUUUUAAUUGUCUUUAUGUAAUGAGCAAUGAGAAGAGAGCUUUUCAUUUGUU